AUGGAAGACGAUCGAGAAAUGCGAGUGGACGAAGCCAUGAUCCCUGAGAAUGGGGAUCGGGAUAGAGAUCGAGAGAGAGACAGAGAAAGAUCUUCCAGGAGAGACGAUAGGGAUAGAAGUCGGAGUCGAAGUCGUGAACGAAGGCAUAGAGACAGGGACGAUGACAGACAUCGAAGUCACCGACACCGAUCAUACUCUCGCUCGCGAUCUCGCUCUCCAGGCAGGAGGCACCAUCGAAGACACCGAUCCCGAUCGGAUUCGCGUUCCCGCUCCCGCUCCAGAGACAGGGAUCAUCGAGAUCGUGACGGUCACUCGUCACGAAGGCAUCAUCGCAGGAUUUCACCUCCAGCACUGCACGGUCGAGGGCGCUACGGCGCACCUCGUCAAGAUUGGGAGAAAUCCUCUGGAGGUCCCAUCAACGCACCUCAGGAAGAAGCGGAAGCUCAUGCCAAAGUCAGCAAGAGGGAGAACAGGCUGUACAUCGGAAAUUUGGCUUAUGACUGCAAUUACAAGGACCUCAAGAAGUACAUGGAAGGAGCUGGAGGAGAAGUCAUCUUUUCAGAAAUUUUGGUAACUCCUGCCGGUCAAUCAAAAGGAUGCGGUAUCGUCGAAUUCGCUCGUGAGGAGGACGCCAAGAAGGCAAAAGUCGACCUUGCCGACAAAGCUUUCAUGGGGCGAUCCGUCUUCAUCCGAGAGGAUCGCGAGGAACAGGCCAGAUUCGGAGUGGCGCCUAUUCCUGGAAAGAUUGGCCUCGCAAUGGGAGAAUCACGACACUUCCUCGGCAAUGCUGGACCCAAUCUCCAGAACAAGAAUGUAUUCGUGGGGAAUCUUCCCCUUCAGGCCUCAUGGCAGGAUCUCAAGGAUCUCAUGCGUCAAGCAGGGGAAGUCAUCCGAACUGACGUUGGCAUGCACAUGGAUGGACGCCCCAAAGGCAACGGAACAGUCGUCUUUGUAGACCCUGAGGGUGCAAGAAAUGCCAUCGAAAUGUUCCACGGCUUUGACUGGUUUGGCAACAUUCUGGAAGUUCGAGAGGACCGCUUCGCCGGCGGCCCCUUCCGAGGUCGAGGUGGUAUGGGUAUGAGAGGUGGAUUUGGUAUGGGUCGAGGCUUUGCUGGAGGCAUGCGAGGUGGAUUCCGCGGCGGUUACGGUGGCGGAGGCUACGGGAUGGGCGGAGGUGGAGGAUACGGCAUGGGCAUGGGUCGAGGUGGCGGAGGCAUGGGUGCUGGAGGCGGCCGAAACUUCUCAAAUGAUCUGUACGCCGACUACAACGGUCCGGAAGGAGGUGCAGCCAACGGCAAUGGUGCUGGCGGUGGUGGUGCGAGUCGCGAACCUGCAGAGCCUAAUCAACAGAUUCUCGUUCGGAACCUGCCUUGGUCGACGUCCAACGAAGACCUGGUCGAGUUAUUCGAGACUGUCGGUUCGGUCGUCCUCGCUGAGAUUUUGUACGAGGGUACCCGAUCCAAGGGAGAAGGUGUCGUUCAAUUCACGGAAACUGCCGAAGCCCAGACUGCCGGGGAGAAAUUCACAGGAUACAUGUACGGCGGCAGACCUCUGGAUGUCGCUUUCAACCCCCGAUGGCACGACUUUUCUGGAUCAGCUGCGAAGGGUGGACAGGCUGCGCCUCCCUGA